AGGUGUACCUUGUUAAAUGUUAUUUCUAUCAAAUUUUAAUGAUAAAAACUGUAUUAAACCAAAUUAAAUAAAUUUAUUUAAUAGCACUUCAGAAUUAGAGUUUGAUGAGAUGUCACGCCCGAUAGUCAAGUUCUCACACUCUUUCAAAUUGUGUCGAAGCAUUAUAUUUUUGGUGUUUAUUUUUUAUAUAAUAUUUAGUUUCUAACAUAUUCAUCUCGUGUUAAAUUAACACAAAAAUGUGAGUGAACCGUUUGGAACAUCCGAUACAUGUAAAAUCUAACACAAAUUUUCCAUCCUAACGUGCAUUCGAGUGUAAUGCGGGAAAAAAUCGCGCCGUUUGGAAUAGGCGAAUAAAAUAGCGAAACAGGAUAUGCCCCGACCAAGGAGUUUUAUAAUCUGUACGUUUACUUUACGCCGCGCGAUUGCGCGAUGCAGAGAUAAUCGUAAAUGGGGAAAAAUGUCUAAAAGCUUUGAGACCGGGAGCAAUGAGAUCCGCACUUUCGCCGUCCUUAUUCAAUUAUUGAGGAAAUCUGAAACAGGCAAAGUCUAUAUUACGCCCCAGUUAAUGUAUGCGCGCCAAGAGGCAAUUAAAAUGCAUUAGGCUUGAUUUUCCUGAAGUCCCGCGCGCUCCGCGUCGAUUCCAAUUUGACGAUGCGGUAAUAGGCGUAAAAACUCAUUGCCGCAAUCGUAACAUCACGAGUGAAAUCGAAGAUCUAAUUAUUACUACGGGAAAAACGUAAGGAGAAAAUAUACUUGUUUUUUUUUUACUUCAACGAGAGCUUUGAUAUUCGAACAAGAAAGAGAAGUAGUAAUUUCAAAGAUUCGCGCGAGUGACGCCAACCUCGAAGAAUGUUCUAAGUUUCGGCACGAUUGCCGUUAUACCUCCGAUAAUCUAUUGGAAGUCGGUAACAGCGUUCAGUAAAGUCGGUAUAUAAUCUACUGUUGUGUAUCGAGGCGAUAGGCCUCAGAAUUAAAUCUCUUCAGCAUUAUAAAUUCUCAAAUUUUUCUAUCUUUUCUAUCUUUUCGAUCUUGACACUUGCUCAGCGCUUCUCAGUUCAAUACAUUUGUAAACUUGAAACACAUAAUAAAUUUUAAUACUUUUAUUAUAUAUAAUUGUAUAUAAUUAUAUAUAAUUAUUUGAGUAGACAAUAUUCUUUUCUGUUGAAACAUUUGUUACUUUCUUUGUGGAUUUUAUAUCUUUAUUAUAUUCUGAUCUUGAAUAGAACUUACAUUUAUAAAAGGUUUAAUUAAAGAAGUAAAUAAGCAACCGCGCAACUCAUUUGUGUAAAUAAUGAAGGUAAAAGAUCAGAAGUUGAUCACAACGCAAAGUAAAAAGUGUAAAGUAGUAAUCCCUCGCAGGACUUUAACCAACAAAACUCUUAUAAAAUUUAAAAAUAAUUUUGUUACUUUAUGCGUUAUACUUCUUUGAAAACAUGGAUGUAGCUUUUAUUAUCAAAACAUUCACGUUACAGUAAAAAAAAGUUAUGCACUCUUCGGUGUGUGUGUGUGUGUGUAUGUGUGUGUGUGUGUCUUACAUACGUGCGUACAUGCAUGCAUGCAAGAUUACGCAAAGAAGAAUCACGUCAAGAAUACUGUCGAUUAUUAAAAAAUGACUUACAAAUUACUUACAAAGUUCCAUGUUUUUAAAAUAAUUCUUUGAAAAUAACUAUAUAAGCUAUAAACAUAAAUCAAUUAAAUUAAUUAAAUACGUUUCUAUAGAAGUGCAGAUUGUUUAAUUAUUACAAGUAAAACGCAUAAAAUAAUUUUUUUUAAAAGCCACUUCUUUUCAUUACGGUUUUUUACAGAAGUGUUUUCACGAUAGUUUUCCACAGAAAUACUCGGCAUACAAAUUAGAAGUAAUGUUGUGGGGAUUUUGGAAAUUUCAUAAUAUAAACUGUGUGAGCGGCAUACUCGCGGCUUUCUCGUGAGCAGAGCGAAAUGUCAGCCUAAGUUACCACGCGGAGAGUACGAAUAGAAAACUCGCACAGAAACUGUUCGCAAGGCGUGGUGGAACAUCGAUGUAAUCCGGGACUGGGACGCGCGGGUUGCCAUCAAGGCCUUCUUGCUGGAUCGCCCUGAGCCAAUCUGCCGUAUAAAACGCCCCUCUCAUCGGCUUCUGGGAGCACUGCUGCGCUUCCCACUGUCUAAGAAUUCAUUAUUCCCUCGACAUGUCCGCCUCGAUCAUUAUACUGUUGGGCAUUAUCGUGGGUGUCUCCUGUCAAGCGCCUUAUUACCAAUCGCCUCAUCACGCGGCGAUUUUAAGCGACGCGCGUUAUCUCGGGGGUGAUGGCACUUUCGGUGCCGCAUACUCUCAAGAAGACGGAGUGGAAUUUAAGGAGGAGAGCGACGUAGACGGUAAUCGUCGUGGCUCGUACUCGUACAUCGAUCCAACCGGGCAAAGGCGCACUGUCACCUACACGGCGGGAAAGAACGGAUUCCAAGCGAUCGGGGACCAUAUUCCCAGUGCACCCCCGCAGGUGCCACCGCAGCCGGAGUACGUCCCGCUGGCGCAAUAUAAUCCCCCGGAUUAUCAACCCCCGAGUUACGCAUCGCCACCCCCUCCGCAGUAUCCGCGGCGCUACCAGCCGGAUUACGAGCAGCAACCUGUCGUUUAUCAACCGCAGCCUCUGUUGCAGCCUCUGCCGCAACCUGAACCGCAGCUUCAGCCGCAGUACCGACCGCAGCCGCCGCCUCGCUAUCAUUAUCCCCCGGAGUUGCAAAGCAUACCCUCAUAUGCGCCACCGAAGCCGCGCUAUCGGCCCGAACUCCGCCCCGUCGCGCCGCAAUACAACGCGAUAACGGCGCCGACGGCACCCCGGAAUUUCUACCCGCCUGGAAAGCUCAACUUCAAUCGGACCCCCGACGGCUUCUCCUACACGUUCAGUAAAAGUUGAGUGACACGUUGAGUUUACGAUGUGAAAACCGGUGACAAAAGCUCGCCGAAUUAAAAAAUAAAAAUUUUGAACUUUUAAAAAUGUGGAUGAGUGUAGAAAAAUCAGUACAGAGUGUUCACUUAGAUUUUGCAAAAAAAAAGAUUUUUCUAAAAAUAUUUCCGGAUUUUCCAGAAAUUUUCUUUAAAAAUUUCUCAGGUAAGAUUAGAGAAAUUUUCAAUGCAGCUUUGAAAUAAAUUUAUUUGAUUAUACUUUUCAGUAUUCCUUAAUCAUAUAUACAAUUGCAAAAUAAACCCAUUAAGUUUUGAAUAUUACAUUUAAGAAAAUACUAAAAAAAUAGUAUAAAUUAAAAUACGGCAUAUAACGAUCUAGAAUACACGGAUCUAGCUUACUAGAAGUACAUAAUUUGAAAGAUAAACACAACUAAUUUAGAACAAUGUAUUGUCAUUAAUUUUUUAAUAAAAUCUCGCGGGUCAUACAAGAAGGUACGCGAACAUAUAUACAAUAUUACUAUAAUCGGUUUUGUGUUAUUUAAAAAAAAAGAGUUAAAGAGAUAAUUUUAUUUUUAAAAAUACAAAAUUAAAAUUUAAAAGUAACAUUUCAAAAAUUUUCCUAAAUAUCAGAAAAGUUCUUUAAAAAUUCAUGGUUUUCAAGAAUAAAAAAUUAAUUCUUCGAAAACUACAGAUUUUCGCAGUUUUUCCGGUAAUAGGUAAACAUAAUUUUAUAUGUAAAAAAUAAUUUCUUUCAAAAUCGCGACGUCAACUUUCGUUUUUAUUAUUCACGUUUCAAAUUAAUCCUAAAACUAACGUGCUUGUUAUAAAUAUUAGAUUAUUUCUUUUUUCAUAUUAAUUAUCAAUAAAGUUGUCAAAACAUUGUUUAUUCUCGUAAAAGGUUCUUUAACGAACCAGUUCAGUACCAUUCCUUGUUUGCGCCUGGAAAAUAAAACGUCGAAACUGCACGAAUGGUUUUCAUCUCGUUCAUUCGUGCAAUGCCUGAUGUACCUUGCAUAGCAAUUUCCCGUACAACAAAUGCAAGCACAAUCACAUGCUUCAUGGGGUCGGGUUACUUUCAUCCGGUAACCUUUGCGUUCUCCAUGGUGUUGCAACCGAGAAUCCCACGAUAUCGAAGAAAAUGUGGGAUACGCCCGAUAUACGUAUAUAUACUUUUACAAGAAACGCUGUACUAGACGUGUAUUCAAUCACACGUCUCAAUUUAACUUACAAUUGUAAUUAAAUUUAUUUGAUACAUGUAUUGUAAUAGAAUAAGUUUGACUUUAAUAAUAAAGAUAUAUUUUUUCACGUUAACGAAUUAAAAACGACAAAAUUCCCUUCUUCCUCAUCUUACGAGCAACACAAAAUAAUUGCUAAUAUUUUAAUAUAAAAAAAUACAUCCUUCGUCGCAAUGAAAUUAAAAUUACAUUGCAUAUUUAAAUACAUACGCGAUUAUCGCUAUAUAAAGUACUACAGAAAUAGCGCUUCUCUCGUCGUCUAUCCAUGAAAGACGGCGAAUUACCGGCAGAAAUGGAAGAAAGGAGGGACAAAGGAGCGAUUAUCUUAUUAUCCAGGCUUGCGAGUGAUAAUGCGAAUGCGCCACGCCAUCGUGCGCGUGGAGGGGGAGGCGGGAGGGCAGGAGGGUCUCGGCAAGGGCGAGGAAAUAAAAAUGCGACCAAGUCGAGCCGGUUCGCUAGCCAUUAUUAUUGUUGCCGGUAACACGGGCGGGGCGCGCGAUCUGGCAAGGCGAACGGGCCUGCAUCCGAGCAGGAACUCGGCAACCUUAGGUGGGCAGAAAGAAAUGCAAUUGCCGCUUCGAUGUUUUAGGUCACCCCGACAUUGUCACCGUCGGAAAAUCCGUUACAACGCUAUCGUUUCCCUUAUGGAAAAAUACUAUUGGACUCACAAAAGAACUAUUGAAAAUUGGAAAACCAUUCGCCUUCAAUAUUGUUCACUAUUAAUUUCAAUAAUUUUUUCGCAAGUUCAAUAGUAUUUUUCCAUAAGAGUUGAAUUGAUGGAAGUUACUAACUUUAUCGUCAUUGCGUUGUAAAACUUUCGUCACAAAAUAAAAAAUUUUACGCGCAGAGAUCAACAUCCGCCGAAGCAAUAAAUGCGACGUGAUUCCUUUCGGUCGUGUUUUAUUUAUAAAGGUAUAUUAUUGAGUAUACAUUUCGUUUCGUAUAUAAUUAUGGUAGUAAUAUACAGACUCUGAUUAGCUGCGCGUGACAUCAACAGUAUAAAAGUAGUCUAAAAAAAACAGCUGCUGUAGAGGCAGUGUGGCAUCGAACUGUAUUCGCUCUCCUCAAUAAUACAAGGACGAAAAUGAAAAUAAACGCCGUCUUACCUACAAGUAACUAACUUAUGUCAAUGUUUUAUCUAUGCCGAUGUACCUCCCCAACACGUGAAUUUCAAAAAAUGAUGACGUGAAUAAGUCCCAGAGGAAAGGCACUAUUCUUGCGUCUGGUUCCUCCAAAUCUCUCAACGCGCGGGAAUGCUAUGUAUAGCGUUCAACUUGAAACGCGUAGCUUUUCCCUUUCUUUCGCUUGUAUAGGAAAUUUUCGUAAAGAAAUCCAAGCUACAAAUGCCUGCGUACACUCUCACGCUUACGUACAUUGAACGAUACAUUGAAGCGUGUAACAUCGGCGGCGUUUUCCUUUUUAUUCCCGCAUGCUGGCCCGAGUAAUUUCUAAUUUCUCUAUCGUACGCUAAAUACUAACGUUAGUCGUGAUCAUAACCGAUUUGUAUAGGCGAGUAUUAUCAAUUAUUUAUCUCCUAAACUGCAAACACACACAAAGUGGUUGAACCCAAAGGCAACCUUGUUUCAUAUUUGAUUGCACUUUCUUACACUUUCUGCGUCUUAACAUGCGCGCGAAAAAACAGUACGGCGCACGUGAUGCAAACGAGCGUUGAAAAAAAAAAAAA